CCGCUGGGCCGGAGCGUUGGCCGGAGCCCCGCCGCGCUGCCAUGGCGCCGAGGCGGCGCCGGGGCCUGGCUGCGGCGGGCUCCCUGCUGCCGCUGCUCUGCAUGCUGCUCCGCGCCGCCGCCGACACCAGCACCGGACGGGGCUGGUUAAAAACUUACGGCUACUUACUUCCAUCUGACAGCCAAAUGUCAGCCUUGCAGUCGGGCAAAGCUGUGCAGUCUGCAGUUGCCACUAUGCAACAGUUUUAUGGGAUCCCAGUAACAGGAGUUUUGGACCAGACAACUAUUGAGUGGAUGAAAAAGCCUCGAUGUGGAGUUCCAGACCAUCCCCACCUCCGCCGUAGCCGGAGGAAAAAGCGGUAUGCGCUAACUGGACAAAAGUGGAGGCAGAAGCAUAUAACCUACAGUGUACACAACUAUACCCCCAAAGUUGGAGAGAUCGAUACAAGGAGAGCCAUUCGUCAGGCAUUUGAUGUGUGGCAGAGAGUGACACCACUUACCUUUGAAGAGGUCCCUUACCAUGAAAUUAAAAAUGACAGAAAGGAGGCAGAUAUUAUGAUAUUUUUUGCUUCUGGUUUCCAUGGAGACAGUUCUCCAUUUGAUGGAGAAGGUGGAUUCCUAGCUCAUGCUUACUUUCCUGGACCUGGAAUAGGAGGAGACACUCACUUCGAUUCAGAUGAGCCGUGGACCCUGGGGAAUUCUAAUCAUGAUGGGAAUGAUCUCUUUCUGGUUGCAGUUCAUGAGCUGGGACAUGCGCUAGGUCUGGAACACUCCAAUGAUCCCAGUGCUAUCAUGGCUCCUUUCUACCAGUAUAUGGAAACACACAACUUCAAACUGCCCCAGGAUGACCUCCAAGGAAUUCAGAAAAUCUAUGGUCCUCCUGUUGAGCCCUUGGAGCCAACCAGGCCUUUACCAACUCUUCCUGUUCGCAGAAUUCACUCUACUUCGGAAAGGAAACACGAGAGACAACCAAGACCUCCUAGUCCUCCUCUGGGUGAUAGGCCGUCUCCUCCUGGCUCGAAACCAAACAUCUGUGAUGGCAACUUUAACACCGUGGCUCUCUUUAGAGGAGAAAUGUUUGUUUUCAAGGAUCGCUGGUUCUGGCGGCUGCGCAACAACCGGGUGCAGGAGGGUUAUCCCAUGCAAAUCGAGCAGUUCUGGAAGGGCCUCCCCGCAAAGAUUGAUGCAGCCUAUGAGCGCUCUGAUGGCAAAUUCGUGUUCUUCAAAGGAGAUAAAUACUGGGUCUUCAAAGAAGUGACAGCAGAGCCGGGCUACCCACACAGUCUGGUGGAGCUGGGGAGCUGCCUGCCCCGGGAGGGCAUCGACACGGCCCUGCGCUGGGAGCCCGUCGGCAAAACCUACUUCUUCAAAGGAGACAGGUACUGGAGGUACAACGAGGACAAGAGAGCAACGGACCCAGGAUACCCAAAGCCCAUCACCGUGUGGAGAGGAAUCCCUCAGGCUCCACAGGGAGCUUUUAUCAGCAAAGAAGGCUUUUAUACCUACUUCUACAAAGGGAAGGAAUACUGGAAGUUUGAUAACCAGCAGCUGACUGUGGAGCCAGGCUACCCCAGAUCAAUCCUCAAAGACUGGAUGGGCUGUAACCAGAAGGAUGUUGAACGAAGCAAAGACAGACGCCUCCCCCACGACGACGUGGACAUUAUGGUGACAAUAAACGAUGUGCCUAGCACUGUAAAUGCAAUCGCAGUCGUGAUCCCUUGCAUUUUGUCUCUGUGUAUCCUUGUCUUGGUAUACACAAUCUUCCAGUUUAAAAACAAAGAGGUGCAGCAAAAUGUUGUGUAUUACAAAAGACCUGUCCAGGAAUGGGUAUGACACAGCCCGCUGCACGUUUUCAACUCAUGGAACUGGUAAGGACUAUGGACAAAAAAAAGAAAAACAAAAAAACAAAAAAAAGAAGAAAUAAAGCCUACAAACAAAACUACUUCAGUGACAACAAGUUUUGGACAGCCUGGGACUGAAAUAAGCAGGAAAACUGGAAAAGCUACAGGCAGCCUUGCAGUGUGGAGCCUCUUUCCUUCUUACUGCCUCAGUCGCGUGUCAGUCUUGGUGUGCCAUCCUCCACAGGCUCACUCUGCUAACAUCAGAGUCUUCAAGACAGGUUUCAACUGACCUGGGAAACUUCCUUCAGUUCCCUGCACCAGUGCUCCCUGUUAAACCCAGCAUUCUCCAGUGUAGCCAAACCACCUCUGAACAGAACCAUUUUUUUAAUAGCUGUCUCAUAAUGAAUGAAGAUCAUGAAUUCUAUGAACAGGAACAAUUCAGUAUCGAUAAGCAGAAGACAUUCUGAUGCUGAACCAUUCUAAAAGAUCUUAGUUUAUUACAAAAUCCAGGGAAUGACCUGGAUAUGAUUUUCCAAUACCUGCUGGUCAGAUGUUUUGUACAUUCAUAACUAAGCAAUGCUGCCACUCAGCACAGUGCAUGAGGAACCACUAAGCACUUGAAGAGGUAAAGGAGUGCGGAGCAGAAGCUCAAGAAGCACCAAACCAGCCACCUGGCAACAUCAAGCCCUAAACUGGGACAAUCUGAAGACAAAGUAAUUGGGUCUAAAUCAUGGGAAUUCAUGAUUUUGUGUUGGGAGCCAUUCAUGAAAGUAAUAAUAUUUAAAUGUCACAUGAUGUUCUUUUAAGCUCCCAUCAGCAAGAAACAAUGAACCAACGGUUGCAGAUACACUGACAAACAUGUAUAGAUGUACCCUGCACUCUGCCCCUGUUACAAUGCUGGGAAAAGAUGAAUUGUUGUUACGUGGCAUGUGUAACUAGAUUGUGGAAUUUGUAUGUUGGGUUUCAGGAGAAUGGAAAUGUUUGUUUGGAGUGGGAUCAUGAUGUUUUGCUGAGCUAGUCAAAAUACAGUGAGAAUUAGGCUUGUUUGUAAAACUAAAUCCAAUCCCUGUAGAUGUCACAAACAUAUACCUUCAAAACUUCUGGUUUUUGCUCACUUCUUCACAGGCAAGUGUAUGGCAAGGCCCAAAGGCAGCGUGCCCUGCAGCAGAACAAGGUCAGCACUAGCCACAUUUGGCAGAGACAUAAAACCCAGGUAAAAGCUAGAUAAAUACCUGAACUUUUGGCUAGCAAGUCCUCACAAGUCUCUUCUACAACUGUACCUUCUGCUUAUCCCUCUUACAGUUGUGACUGGUUUAGGAUGUUGUGUCCUAGCCACAAAUUUGGUCAUUUUGUUGUUGAUAUUGGUACUUCCACCAUGUUAAAGAGGGGAGGAAAAGUUUCUUGAAGUGCAGUGUAAUGGGGAAGUUCAGACCUGCAUGGAAGUGCCAUUCCUUUAAGCACAGGAACUGCUUUUCAUGCUCUCUGGAAGGUGAUUAGCAUGAGCCCUCUGCCUACAAUUGAAUUGAGUGCAAGCAGUGCAAUGCACAGAAUGUCCAGUUAGUGUAGCAAAGGUGCAGCUUUAGAAUGGCAGCUGUGAAAAACACCCCAGGCAUGACAGACAUGCUCAAAAUGUUCCUAAUUCCAAUGAUGAGGAAUGAAGAAGCAGAAAAAUCAUUAGCAUUCUGAAUUUCCACCUAGUCCUCAACUAUUGCUAUGGUGAAGCAGGAUAGACAAGAGACUUCUAGUGAAGCCCAUUAGGACUGCAUAACGUGGUUUCAAACUGUAUUUUGUCCUUCAUAACUUGAUUUCCAUAGCCAAGCUGUUUAUUGUGUUUAUACAUUAAAAACUAGAAUUACAAACGUAUUACAAACUAAGUGAGGAGCUAUAGAUGCAAAACUUUGAAUUUUAGUGAAAAAAGUGACAAUGUCUCAUGAUGGGUGAAGGAGUGCAAAGGACCAAAUGAAAUCGGAGCUACUAAUUAGACACCCCCCCACACGUGCUACUCCGUCGUUGCUAUGUGUACUAUGUAUGUGGUAGAAUGCACACUGAAUGCCACAGCCACAUGGCACAUCCAACUCAUCUGUACGCUGCCAUCUCUUCUGGGACUGUGACAGCCCAAACCUUUGAGCAACUUCCAACAGCCAUCAUUAAAAAACAAACGUUAUUACAACCUA